CCAUGAAAAAAGUUCGAAUGGGUAAUCUAAAAUUAAGAGAGAGGGAAAAUGCAUUAAAUGAAAUAAGAAUCCUUGCUUCAAUCUAAGAUUAGAACAUUAUAGGAUACAAAGAGGCCUUUUUUGAUGAAUAAUCAAAUUGUUUAUGUGUCAUAAUGGAAUAUGCAUCUGGAGGAGACAUUGCUAAAUAAAUAUAAAAUUCAAUUCGCAAACAUACCCUAAUAGAAGAAAAAGAAAUUUGGAGGGCCUUAAUACAUAUGACUAGAGGACUAAAAGUACUUCAUAAAGCAGGAAUAUUGCAUAGAGAUUUAAAAAGUGCCAAUGUUUUUAAAUCAUCAAAUAGUACAUAUAAAUUAGGAGACAUGAAUGUAAGUAAAGUAUCACAUGGAGCUAUGGCAAAAACAUAAACAGGAACUCCAUGUAAUCAAAUUUAAUUAUUCAAGAUUAUGCUAGUCCUGAAGUAUGGAGAGAUUAACCCUAUUCAAAUCCUUCAGAUAUAUGGUCUCUUGGAUGUGUAAUAUAUGAAAUGGCAACUCUUAAACCACCUUUCAGAGCAACAGAUCUAAAAGGUUUAUUUAGAAAAAUAUCAGCUGGUAUUUAUGAAAAAAUACCUAAAUAAUAUUCAUAAGAAUUAAAUUUCAUGAUUGCUUCUCUUUUAAAAGUACCACCAUAAUUAAGACCAACUUGUGAAUAAAUAUUGAAUGAUUCUACUGUUAAAAAAUAUAUUGAUGAAUUUGAACCAUAAUCUCCAUAAUAAUAAAAAUUAGCUAAAGCACAAUUAUUAUAAACAAUUUUAUUGCCCAAAAAUUUAAAAUAGUUAUAACAAAAAUUACCUAAACCUAUGUAUGAAAUUGAUUAACCUAUCUAAUAAAUACCUAAUUAACCAAAAUCUACUAGAUCAGUUUCUGUAAAUGAAUAAAAAUAUACUGAAAGACCAAAGAGUUAAACUCCAUAAUGUUAAAAAAAAUAACCUAAUGUUAUAUCUAAUUAACACAUACCAAGACCUGUAAUUAUUCAUUUCUAAACUAUUAGAAAAUACCAUUAGCCCCUGUUAAACAAUAGUAAGCUGCCCAUAUCUUGAAAGAUCCUCAAUCACAUAGACCUAAAGAAAGGCCAGUUUCAGCUAUGAGAGCUUAAAGUCCUUGCUCAGUUCGAAAAAGUGUUGAUCAAAAAUAGAACCGAAAUCCAAGUCCUUUAGUUAGAAAGUCAAACCCUUAUAUUAAAAAUAAUGAUGAGAACAUUAAUGCCAAUAUUAUAAAGAAAAGAAAUAACAUUCCAUUAAAAAGAUGA